CCCUUGCCAUUUUGUGUACCUUGCACUCACAACAGGCAGCCUGGUUUACCAUUCUUUCAUCAUCCAGAGCUCCCAGUUUGGUUGAUCCUCUGUCUCUCUCACACCUCAUCACAAAUCAAAUGUGGGAUUCUGAACCCAACAUGCAAUCCGAAACAGACUGAGAGCUCUGUCUGUUUGUAUCAAGCUCUACUUUAUCGCAUUCCUUUCCCUGUCACUCAUUUACUCUCUUGCGUUCAUUCAGAGCCUUCGAGGCCUUAAACCUGUCAUAGCAGCUGUUGCCUGAACAUAAUCUCUCCGAGUUGAAGAUCAAUUUCGUGUUGAUAGCUGAGAGGCGUGUAUCAGACUACCAUGUUGAAUCCCUCUGCCAAAAGGCACAGGGAGGACGAACAUGCCGAGACUGACGAGCCACAUGCGCGUGCCAUGCAGCAGAAGAAGAAACCGCGGCCUCUACCUCUCCAUACGUCACCCAUUUUAGAACACACGAGCAUAGUUUCCCACAGCCGUCCAGGCCCUCCAUUCCCUCCUUCUUCAACCCUUACCCCCGCCGAGUCGUCUGACGAUGACCUAAUGCAAGAUGGUGAUCGAGACCUGUCACAGAACCGGCAUCCCGACCUUCACGCCCAAGUUUUCAGUUCCAUGAGGACGCCAUACGCGGAAUCGGACUCGGACUUUGAAAUGGCGGACUCACAGCCGAGGUCUGCGGCCACGCAACCACUGUGGUCUGCUGGGUCGGGCCCAUCGAGACCGGAAUGCAACCUUGAAUCUCCAAUCCCUUCUUUUCUCCUCAAUCGGUCUCUUAGCGUCAGUGGAGGACGCACGGCCACUCCAAUAUUUAGCCAUUUUACAUCGAAUAUGAACACGGACUCUAUGAUGAGGGAUGCUACUCUAUUCCCAGCAGAACCCCAAGUUCCUCACACAUCUCAGCCAGUUCCGACGGACGAGGCAGGUUGGUGGCGGCCCAGAAGGCUUCCGAGCCCUAUCAGUGAAGAUGAAACGCUCGUGAAUCCAGCAGACCCCGAUGACAACCUAGUAUCGCGUCCAGACCAAGCAGGAACCUUUUCCGGUCCAUACAAUCCGUCCACACCGCUCAUCUCGGUCACACCCGUGCAAAACGACGUGCCACCGUCAGGAUCUCUACACGACCAACCUCAGAACCCAAUGCAAGCGUCACAGGAUACAAACCUUGAGCAUUUGCCCUUGCCCCUAGAAAAUAACUCAGCUGAUAAUAAUGAUCACUUGACUGCGCCGCCGGCUAGGCCUGCGUUUAACUCGAGCAAUCGCUCACAGGUUCAGCCUCUCCCAAAGCGAACUAUUGCUAUGGGAUUCAGAGCAGACUGUGAGAAAUGUCGACAGCGUGUGCCUGGCCAUUACAGUCAUAUCAUUAUCACCAAAUGA